CGAGUCACGUGGCCGGGAGCUGAGCUGGGGUUAGAGCCCAGGCAGCAGGGCUGGCUGGUGCUGGCAAGUUUGCUUCCCGAGUUCCAAGACCCCGCGGCUGUCGCACAGGUGCCUUCCGCCUAGGUCGGGAUGGAGCUGCCAGCCGUGAACCUGAAGAUGAUCCUCCUGGUUCACUGGCUGCUGACGACCUGGGGCUGCCUCGUGUUCUUGGGCCCCUAUGCCUGGGCCAACUUCACCAUCCUGGCCUUGGGGGUGUGGGCCGUUGCUCAGCGGGACUCCAUCGACGCCAUAAGCAUGUUUCUGGGUGGCUUGGUGGCCACCAUCUUCCUGGACAUCAUCCACAUUAGCAUCUUCUACCCACAGCACAACCUCACAGACACAGUGCACUUCGGCGCCGGCAUGGCCAUCCUCAACCUGCUCCUCAAGCCCUUCUCCUGCUGCCUCGUCUACCACAUGUACCGGGAACGCGGGGGUGAACUCCAGCUCCGCGUUGGUUUCUGUGGACCUUCACAGGAGCACAGCGCUUACCAGACAAUUGACUCGCCAGAGGUGCCCUCAGACCCUUUUGCAAGCCCGGAGAGCAAGGGUCACACCCCCCAAGGAUACUGAAACCAGCCGCACUGGGCCUGGCCCCAACCCAGGGCCCAGUUUGACAAACUGUGGGGGAGGUCCAGGCUGCAUCCCCGUCCUUAUGCCCUGGAUGCCAUCCUGGGGCUGCUCCUCACCUGCCUUUCCUGGACCUAACGUGGAAUGUGCCCUCCCACUCCCCAUCUCAGGUGUUGCCUGAAUGCCCUGUGACCACACCUGUUCCAAGCUCCCCGAGGUCCCCCUCUCUUCCAGGUCUCCCACUGGUCCCAGGCUGGGAACCGUGGUCUCUUUCCUUACCUCCACCCCUAGCUCCUCCGUGCAGGCCCCAGGUCAAGCCCUGUGGCCUUCCGGUUGUGCUCAGCCCCGGGAUUAUUGGGUUAAGGUCCUUUGGCUUCUCACUGCCUGGUCACUUGGUGCCUCGGGACCCCAGGACUGGAGGCAGAGGUAUCUGUAGCACCCGAGACUCACCACAGCUCCCAGCUGCCCUCUCGGACCCACGGUAUUAAAGUUUGGGGAAU